AUGGACGAAGAAGACUGUACUAUUUUCAUUGAAGAACUCAAAAGUGAUGAUCCCAAUCUCAAACUCAAUGCUGUAUCCAAAAUAGUAUCCAUUGCACAAAUCCUCGGACCUUCAAGGACUUGCCAAGAACUCAUCCCUUAUUUAAUUGAUAUCAUAGAAGAAUAGGACAAUGAAGACGAAUUCCUAAUCAAAUUAGCCAAGGAAUUAGUCAAUCUCAAACCUUUCACAGGGGCCAAUGUUCAUUUGCUUAAUGCGCCACUUGAAAUUCUAAGUUCCAUGGAAGAGCCAUUGGUGAGAGAUAAAGCAGUCGAAUCCUUAAUCUUGCUAGCAGAAGGAAUGCCAAACAGUUUUUUUGAAAAUCACUUUUUUUAAAUUGUCCAAUAACUCGGCCAAUGGGACAACUUUCCUUCCAGAAUAUCUGCAGCCAGUCUCCUCCCACUCACUUACAAACAUGUCUCAAAUGAAAAAUAGAGCACUCUUUGGGACUUAUUCAAAUAACUAUGUGGAGAUGAUACACCUAUGGUCAGAAGAGUUUGUGCUGGAGUCUUGUCAGAUCUUGCCAAAAUGAAAUGCUAACCACAACAAUUGUUACAAUUAUGGGAAGCACUCCUCAAAGAUCCCAUCGACAGUGUCAAAAUCAAAGCAAUCGAAGGGUCACAAUAUAUGCUCAAAUUAAUUGAUGACGAACAUGAUUUAGAAACUCAACUGCAAGGCUACUUCGCAUUGGCUGAUCCCAAUGAAAAAAGCUGGCGAGUCAGAUACACCGUUCCAGAGUGUUUGGAAAGUAUAAUUGACAUCAUUGUCAAACUAAAUAAAAAUAAAACUAUUCUAAAAAAUCAAGCAGUUCCUGUCUUCUAAUAAUUACUCAAAGACACAGAACCUGAAGUCAGAUCCAUGGCACUUAUAUCGAUCUAUCAUUUAUUAAAAGAAUUACCCUCCUCCAGCAAAGAUUUAUUCCUACCAUUAUUCUAAACUCUAUCCACAGACACCUCGUAACAUGUUAGAAUGUCUUUGGCUGAACAAAUUUGUAAAAUUUCGAAAUAAUACUCUGUUUAAAUUGUUUUGCAAAGUUUUAUACCCUUGAUUACAACAUUAAUUAAAGACGAUGUUGUUGAAAUCAAAAUCAAACUAGCUCACAAUUUGGAUCAACUAUCUUAAGCAAUAGGACAAGACAAUUCCAAAAAACAUUUGGUUCCUCUUAUAUCCACUUUUGCUUCAGAGAAACAAUGGAGAUACAGAUUGGAAAUGAUGUCAAUCAUACCCAAACUUCUCAAGGUGGCAGGCUAUGACAGUUUCUUAGAAUUAUAGGAGAUUUAUCUUGAGAAAGGAGUGUUGAAUCACUACCAGGCAAUUAGGGACUAGGCCAUUGAUAAUCUAGUCUAAUUGAGCGAGACCUUUGGAUAUGAUAAGAUAAGAGAAUUUAUUUUAAAAUGCAUCAAUAAACAAUUUGAAUAACCAAAUUAUAUCUAUAGAGUAUCUGCUAUGCAUAGUAUGGCCAAAUUAAAGAAUGUAUUAUCAAAAGAUGAUCUAGUAAAUUAGUUUAAAGAAAUUACACAGAAAUCUUUGAAUGAUAAGGUUCCUAAUGUUAGAUUGAACGUUUUCAAAUUAUUCACUGCCAUUUAAAAUAAAUUAGACAACAAGGCACAGAAUGAAUUCAAAAAUAAAGCAAGAAUUCUACAAUAAGAUCAGGAUAUUGACGUUAAAUAUUUUGCAUAAAAAAUUUGA